AAGUGUUUGACCCGCAGACCAAAGCGCGUGCUGAUGGGAAGCCACGCAUAUUAAUCUGCAAUGGCUUUGGGACGCAUGAAUCCCUUGAGAUUCUUGAGUUCUGUUUUGACAACAACAUCGUCUUGUGUAGGCUGCCCUUCCACACGUCUCAUAAGACACAGCCCUGUGACGUGUCAGUCUUUGGGCCACUGAAGACAGUGUAUCAAGAUGAGGUCGAGCGGUGGUAUUGUGGAGGGCUCACAAAUGUCAACAAAGAGCACUUUUGUCAUCCUGACAUGGCUUGCAGCCAAUAAUAAUCCACCCAGUCACACCUCAUGGAACCUCAUGGAACCUCAUGGAAUCCCAUGGAACAUCAUGGAAUCCCAUGGAACAUCAUGGAACAUCAUGGAACCUCAUGGAACAUCAUGGAACCUCAUAUACCAACCCACUUGCAGAGGACCCACGUCGACAACGAUCAAUAGGACACCAAGGACUGUAACGACCGCAACCGAAUGACCACCGGUACGGUUCCGAGUUGUUCCUUAUCUGCAUACAUGUUGGCAGGCAUCG